AGUUACACCAACAUCAGCAUGCUCAAUUGGAAGACUCUCUUUUUACACAAAGUAGUCAUUUACAUUUUUUACAUAACUUCCACAAUGUGUUUUCUGUUUGGUUCAAUAAAAAAUAAUGCCUAGAAAGCAAAAUGAAGGCACUUUGAGUGAGCUUUAUGUAAAUGUUUCCUCUUUCCUCAGUUAUAUGCAUACAUAAUGAUUAUAUCCAUCUAGUUACUGCCUGAAGCAUCAAGGCAAAGGCCCUAGAGUUUGAUAUUUUAUAAAGUAAACCUUUAUUUUUUUUAUAGUAAUCGGCCAUUUCCUCGAGGUGGAACAACAUGCUGCUGGUACAUCCUCUGUUGUUUCAAGUUGGCAUUUCCUGACAUGGCAGCCCAUGUGGUUAAACGUGUCUCCUCCCUCUCCGCUGGCCAGACGGUGACGAGCUCAGGUGAUAGUUCACCGUGCAAACUCAGACCCCGGGCAUCUCGGAAGCAUCACACAAAUGUGGGUGGGGUCGCUUUGAUGCGCAACCAGACAGCAACGUGCAAAACACUCCAAAGUCCAUUUAAACUUCGGUAAGAACAGCUCGGCUGCAGGAGGAGAGCGAAGGGUGAAGAUCGGUAAGAGCAUAUUUAUAUAAAGCUAUAAGGAGGGAUCACCCUGACUGGACAAACUGAGUAUACAGGGGGAGUGACCGAGCAUUUGCAAGUCUUCGAGACGUGAGUAUAGGACUUUUGUUUACACGUUUAUCGCCCAUCUAGAGCUUUUUUUUCUGCGCAUCUUUUUCUCGGCAGCCUCGUAGUUUUUAUCAUCAUCAUCAUGGCAUGGCCGUGCAUCACGCGUGCUUGCUGCAUCAACCGCUUUUGGACGGAGCUGGACAAAGCGGACAUGGCGGUGCCUUUGGUUUUCACCAAAUAUUCGGAUGUGGCCGGCGUGCAGCGUCUUGCCCAUCACCCGCAGCCGAGACAGAAGAAGGCCGGAGGCAUUGCCAUAGAAACCCAGCCCCAUCCCGACGAGCAUGAGCCCGGGAAGGCACCGCCCGCGACGGGUGCCGCAGCGGGCAAAGAUGGCUCUGCAGCGUCCGUCAUGCGCCAAGACUACAAGGCGUGGAAUGUGCGCCCCGAGCCCUGCUGCAAGCCCAGGGAUGAGUUCCAACGCUCGGAGGCCCCGUUCAAUACCAAAACUCAGUACCAGAAGGAUUACAAGCCCUGGCCUAUACCGAAGAAGCACGACCACCCUUGGAUACCCAAACCCAGCCCCGCCGCCGCGCCCGCCGCGACCUCCGGUGGGCCGGAGCGGAGCGCAGGGAGCGCUAAACUGGAUCAUGCGGCCGCCGAGGCCGAGAGCGGCGUGGAGAAGAGCGAGAUCGAGGAGAAAACGCAGGAGAAAGAGCCAAAGGAGCCGGCCAAGAGAAGCGUGAAGAGGGAAAAGUCGGCAGAGAGACAGACGGCUGAGAAGACGGAAGAUCAGGUGCCCGCAGACGUGAGCGCCGAGGAGAGGAAAGGCAGAGCAGCUGCAGACGCUCUGAACAGACAGAUCAAGCAGGUCAUGUCGACUUCUAGCAGCUAUAGGACUGAGUUCAAGGCAUAUAAGGAUGUGAAACCAGUGAAGGCCAUUAAAGCUCCAUCUCAGUAUAAACCCCCAGUGGAGGAGACCAGUCGGGAAACCAGCUACAGCGCCACAUACAAGGGGGAGCAGGUGAAGGCUCAACCCGCUGACAACAAGCUGAUCGACCGCAGGAGGAUACGCAGCCUGUACAGUCAGCCUGGCAAGGAAGCUGCCAAGGACGUCUCAGAGACUGAGAGCAGCUCUGUUCUAAAUCUGCUGUAGUCAGGUGUGUUCACUGUUUCUUCUGGAAGGCAUGGAGGCUGACCUCAAAUUGAUCAGACGCAAUUGUACAUACUGGACACACAUACACGCUCAGUAUGCGCCUUGGCCGGUACGAGCCACAGUCACACGUAUCACGCAGCUGCCAGACGCAACCCUGCAAAAACUAUCGGCCACAUCUUCACCGUUUGCCCACCUCUCAGCCCGCACCACCCACCAGCCUUUAUGAAAAUAAGGAGGUUCAUGAAAGGGGGAGGAUUCAUUGAUAAAUGGAAGAAACAAAGGAGCUGAGAUGAUAUUUUCCAAGUGACAUGAGAAUCAAAACAAAAGAGAUGUAUUGCAUCAGUGGAGGCCAAUAAGACAAACAUCUCAUCACAUUUAAUUAGUAUACAUUUAAACAGAUCUUUGCUCUUUAUGGCUCUAUUUUGGUGACAGUGUAUGGUGCACAUUUAAUUUGGCAAAAUGGUAUUUUAGUUUUUACAUUUGGAAACUAACACACACAAUUGGCUCACCAUCAGUUUUACUGCACACAAGAGGGAAGAGAGGCACAGCAGGGUGUGUGACAGUGGCAAGUGGUGUCAAGCAUCGGUAACACUUGUUUGCAGAUGAUGUCAUCCUUUUGGCUUUUGCUGUCUGAUUGGCAUCGUAGCAGUUUGCAGUUCAGUAUGAUGCAGCCAUGAAGAUCUAACUUUAUUCUUCAAGGUCCACACAGCAUCAAGAAUGUGUGCUGAAAAUGAGUAUAUGUGUCUAAUCUAAUUUGGACUGUAUUGUUAAAAGCACCAUGGUGCAGAGUACACUUUAAGAGUUAUUUAGCCAUGAAGGACACAUUCCCCUACCACACCCGAUAACGUACUGUAUUCCACUUUCAUGUGUCUGUGGCACCUGAGCACCAGAUCCUUUUAAUUCACAAACAGAGCCCUUCAUUAGAGAAAGAAAGCCUUUUACAAACAUUUGUCAUCUCUUACACGUUUUUUUAAGUUUUAUUUAUUCAGCAAAAGUUGAGCAUGCAACUUUUUUGCUGUCCACCAACUCAUGAAUACAAAUUGAUCUGGGAGCUUAUCCAUGAGUCUUUUAUUCAGCAAGAGCAGAGAGAAGCUAAGUAAGUGCCUUGCUCAAUUUUCCCAGUUGGUAUGGGAAUUGGAACCAGCGAUCCUCUAGUCACACGCCUGCUUCUCAAACGUCAGGGUUUUGCCACCACUAUGAAUGGUUGAAUGUUAACAUAAUAUCCUUUCUUUAAGGUGUAAAACUAACAUCAUAUGCUAAUACAAGCCAUUAACAUUGUAUGUUAUGGUUGCUUUAAAACUUAAAUGGAAAACUGCACGAACUACUGUUUUAUAAAAGGAAAGGCACAAAAUACACCUUUUGUGCUGCGUUUCUUUUUUCCUUUAUCCUCAUUGCACUAGCCACAUAAUGCAAACAUCACCUCUACCAUCUGGUGUCAUUUGCCUGUCUUUUAUAUUAAGUAACGGGGUAAAGAAGGUACGUAUUGCAUGCUAAAAUAUGACUUUGACAUCAAUUAGAUUCUCCAUUAUUCAAGCAAUCGUUUUAAGGAAUAGUUUUGACAUUUUGGGAAAUGCGCUUAUUUGCUUUCUAACCAGGAGUUAGAUGAGAAGAUCGAUGCUGCUCUCUUCUACCCGUCUUGCUGUCAUGGAAAGACUCCAAGACGUCAUUGCCCGAAGAAAUAGUCCAGCCCAUAUCCUUUGGAUUUUUUUUUGCCAAGCUAAGUUAUUGGCUGCUGGCUGUAGCUUCUAAUUUAAUGGACAGACAUGAGAAAAACAUAGAUUUUUCUCAUCUAACUCUUGGCAAGAGAGCGAUUAAGUGAAUUUCCCGAAAUAUCAUACUAUUGCCUUAACAUCGGUUUAAGUUGAAUUGACUGUUUUCGUCUGUACUCUCAGGAUUUUCACCUCUCUUCUGUUUCAGGUGGAUAAACCAGUGUCUCGCACCAAACCAAAAAAGACACCAACAACAACAACAGGGAAAAUGGUGAAAAAAUCAAAAGAGAAGCAGCUUG